CCAGAUAUCCGUCCGCCAUCUUGUGUUGCCUGCCUAUUGUUCGCGUUCGGAAAAAAAAAAAGCAACCAGUGACAGGCGCAUCUAGAUUAAUGUGUUUCGAAGCUUGUUCAGUCAGACCACUGAAGAGCAACGAGAAAAUAUCAUAAGGACGAUAGUUGUGGUUAUUUAGCUUUAAACUGGACUCGGUCGGAUUUCUGCCCCAGGCUUGAGUUGCAGUUGCUCUGGUUAUUCAAGGUAGCGAUGAUGAUGGACGACGAGCAGGCGAAGACGCUGUACGUGGGGAACUUGUCCAGGGAUGUGACCGAAGCACUUAUCCUGCAGCUCUUCAGCCAGAUCGGUCCCUGCAAGAGCUGCAAAAUGAUACUAGAUACAGCGGGCAACGACCCAUACUGCUUUGUGGAGUUCUACGAGCACAGGCAUGCCGCUGCUGCCCUGGCUGCUAUGAACGGGCGUAAAAUAAUGGGUAAGGAGGUUAAAGUUAACUGGGCCACAACUCCAAGCAGCCAAAAAAAGGACACAAGCAAUCAUUUCCACGUCUUUGUUGGAGACCUGAGUCCAGAAAUUACUACGGAGGACAUAAAAGCUGCCUUUGCGCCCUUUGGCAGAACUUCGGACGCACGUGUGGUGAAGGAUAUGGUGACGGGGAAGUCCAAAGGCUACGGCUUUGUCUCUUUUUUCAACAAAUGGGAUGCGGAGAAUGCUAUUCAGCAGAUGGGAGGCCAGUGGCUGGGAGGCAGGCAGAUCAGGACUAACUGGGCCACAAGGAAGCCCUCUGUUCCAAAGACCACCUCUGAAGUGAACACAAAGCACCUGACCUUCGAUGAGGUGGUGAACCAGUCCAGCCCCAGUAACUGUACUGUGUACUGUGGUGGUGUCGCAUCUGGCCUCACAGAACAACUGAUGAGACAGACCUUCUCCCCAUUUGGUCAAAUUCUGGAGAUCCGAGUGUUUCCGGAAAAAGGAUAUUCUUUUGUGAGGUUUAAUUCCCACGAAGGGGCAGCCCAUGCCAUUGUCUCUGUGAAUGGCACCACCAUAGAGGGUCAUGUGGUGAAGUGUUACUGGGGGAAGGAGACACCAGACAUGAUGAGUCCCCUGCAUCAAGUGCAGGUUCCCCCACAGAACAAGGUGGGCUUCGCAACCCAGCCCUAUGGCCAGUGGGGCCAGUGGUACAGCAGCACUCAGCAGGUGGGGCAGUACGUGCCCAACGGCUGGCAGCAGGUGCCCACCUAUGGGGUUUACGGCCAGGCCUGGAACCAGCAGGGCUUUAACCACGUACAACCAGGUGCCGGCUGGACAAGUGUUGGUGCAGUUGCUAACGGAGGCUUGGUGGAGCCACCCCAGACUCUAAACGGGAGCAUGCUGGCGAACCCGGCCAGUCUGGCAGGCACGGGCUACCUCACCCACUGUUAGGGUGGACACUGGCAUCAGGGUCCCACAGGGAUUUGUAUAUAACCUCUUCAAUCCGUAACAGAUACGUGACCCUUACGGGGUGGGUGCAGGCGAUAGAUUUGACCUCUGAGCCCUAAUUUUUCUUACAAAUAUUGGGGGGGGGGGGGAUGGUAGUAAACCUAUUAUACCUCUGGCCCUGGAGGACUGGAGUUACCCAGUCUGUGAAUAGACCCUUAAGGUGUUUGGCCUGGUGUCAGACCGAUUUAUACAGGAAAUGGACUAUGCCAUUUUUGAUUUGCCAUAGAUAAAUAAAAUAUAAUUGUGAUUUUUUUUUUUGUUAGUUUACAGUGAUUUAAACUGCUACAGUUUUUUUUACUGUCCAUAUCAGUUUUAAUGUAUCCAUAUGUUGACAUCAUUCAUAUGAUAGGCUUUUUAUUUUUAAAAAUUCAAAUCAAUGUCUUUUUCUUACAUUUAACUAAACCAAUUGCAGGGAUUACUGCCACUGUUUUCCUAUUUUAAGGCAGAAAAAUAUUGCACAGUACUAUUGUAUUUUCAUCAUUUUGUUUUUAGUAGGUUUUUCUUUUUGCAUUCCACAUUUUCCUUAACAUUUCGGAGGGCUAAAAGUAUACUGUUCCAAGUGUAAAUAAUGAGUCAGCAUCAGAUGUUUCAAGUGCUGUUUAAAGAAACAGUGCAAAUAUUUGCUAUGACAGCUUGCUUGCUUGCUUUUUUGGUAUUUAAAAUUAGUACAUUUUGUCAUUAGCAGCUGUGUUCAAUGCUGAACCAUGAGGAGUUUGGGAUUGUGCAACUUUCUUGAUUCUUUCUGAGGAAAAGACUGCUUUGCCAUGAGUGCAAAGUAAUCAGAAGAAUGACUGCCUUUUAGAAAUUAUUCUCUGUAUAAAACACACCUUUUUUUUUUAUUAAUGAAGUAGCAGUGUUAGUAUUUUUCUAAAAGACCUAAAUAGCAAAAGAACUUUGAACUGCUGCCCCUUUAGAGGUGCGCUCAGUUGGACAACGCACUGUGUUGCCUUAUUUUGAGUUUGUUGUAUCUCAACCCGUCAUUAUGAACAAUAGGCAGUGCCUAUGGACGUUUUCAGACCUUGUUUAGAAAGAGGGUGUCUUUUUGGGGUUUUGAUAAUGUGAAUCUGACGUGUUCUUGCUUUGUCCGAUUCUAAAUGCCAAUGCAUUAUAAACAAUGCUGCCUGUCAUUACUCUUGUCUUGUAACUUUUUUAAAAUUGUAUCAAUAUACACCCGUUUUCUAUACCACAGAUUUUAAAAUCCCUGCUUUUGUCAGUGCAGCUUACUUAGGUCACAAAGGAUGAUGUGCAAUUUGGUGAAAUCACAAAAGAAGAAUAGUGAUCCCAUACUUUUAUCAUAUACAUGUUCUUAAAGGAGAGCAGCCAUAUUAACACCCCCUCCCUGCCAAACACCAUGUGAGCUGCAGUUUAAUGUUGGAGUGAAAGGGUUGGCAGCGUGUGUUGCAAGACCACACACUGUGCCUUGAAGACACCCAGCUGGACAGAGGUCUUUCUGGACAGAUGAAAGGACAUUUGGAAAGGGCUCCCCCCCCCCAAUCAAAAUUU